UUGUGUAUAAAAAUAGUGAUCGCUGUUUUGUUAAUUAUACCGUACACUCAAUGACAUGCUUUACCAUUAUUACAAAAAGACAAUGAAAGACAUGGUCAGCAUCGUCGGGAUCACCUUGAACAGAAGGGUGGGAUGUGGGCUAAGUUACCUUUUACCUUAAGAGGCGUUAUUUGCACCCAUCUCGACGGCAUUGGCUCAGCUCCUAUGCAUAUUAGACAAUGCCCCGGAACCAACGGGAAACUGCUCCUUUUGCGAGGGGGACAUUGAAACACUGGACCCAACAUCACAUUUUGUAACAUGGGAACUGAAGGGUACAGGAAGAUCACUGACAAGUAGCUAUUUAAUUGCAGGACAUUUUGUCAUCAAUUUAUAAAAUUUAAGAAAUUUCGGUUUUCAGAAAGAUCGGCACACUAGCAGCAGGGGGAACUGUUGUGAUUGACGUUUCUUAAAUGACGUCUUAGUCGUGAUAGAGAUCUUAUGAAAUAGGAUAGCUAGCUAAAGGGACUAGCAAGCUGGAAGUUUAAUAAAACCAAAAGUUGCUUGCUAACUGUUAACUGUGUUAGCAUUGGUUUGUGGGUUAACUAACUGUUAGAAACACUUGAAAUUUACACGGCAACACCAGGGACCAUGUUACUACCUCGUCUUUUUCGUGAGUCCCUGUGCUGGUCAAAGACCUCGGUAUUAUUAAUGUCCACCAGUGAGUGCAUGUGUAACAAUAGCUUGCACGACCUGGUGAACUCAAGAUCCCUGCACAGCUUUGCAAAACAGGUCGUUUGUAGGAAGGCUCCUCAGCGUCUGGGCUAUCAAAUACGGGGUGUGAAGGGCCGCAGGAAUCCCUACACUGCGAGCCAGGAAGAGGAAUGGCGGAAAAGGAACAAGACUAUCCUCACAUACAUCGCCGCCGCGGGAAUCGGGAUGAUCGGCAUGUCCUACGCUGCUGUACCGUUGUACAGAUUGUAUUGCCAGGCUACAGGACUUGGUGGGACUGCGGUGGCUGGUCAUGACGCAGGGCAAGUGGAAAGUAUGAAACCUGUGAAAGACCGCACCAUCAAGAUUACCUUCAAUGCCGACGUGCACGCCAGUAUGCAGUGGAACUUUCGACCUCAGCAGUCAGAGAUUUAUGUUGUACCUGGGGAAACUGCACUUGCAUUUUAUAAAGCUAGAAAUCCCACAGACAAACCUGUGAUUGGAAUCUCCACCUACAAUGUUGUGCCCUUUGAAGCUGGACAAUACUUCAACAAAAUUCAGUGCUUCUGUUUUGAAGAGCAGAGAUUAAAUCCUCAGGAGGAAGUGGACAUGCCUGUGUUCUUCUACAUCGACCCUGAGUUUGAUGACGAUCCCAGGAUGGCACGAGUUGACACUAUCAUUCUUUCUUAUACCUUUUUUGAAGCCAAGGAGGGACAAAAGCUACCCCUUCCUGGAUACAGCUGAGAAUUAUGCAUUUUGCAAUGAUGAAUGUCCACAGACCAAUGAAAGACUCUCUACAGUACAGAUUUAGCAUUUAAUCACAGAAGUAUCACAAGGGCUGGUUUGGCCUUCAACUUACUGUAAUAACUGUAUGGUGAGAUGUCACCAAAAUCACGUUUUUGGGUGGAUAAGGUGUCAGAGCUUUGUUUUUUGGCCUGUGUAAUGCAUUUAAAUUGUUAAAUCACAUUUUAAGGAAGAGUUUCCCCCAACAUCUAAAUGCACAACUGGUGCAUAGAUAGUGCCUGUUAAUACCAAAUGUAAUUUGGAAAUUCUGCCAUUUCUUUUCAAAUGGGUCAAUUGUUAGAUUAAAAGAAUUUCAUUCAUCCUUUGCUUGGGUCUAAAAACACGACAUAAAUAGAUUGAAGAAACAACCUUUCAUUUAUUGGUUUACAUAAUAAACCUGGGUGCACAUUUCUAACUCUGUGUCUGGAAACAAAACCCUGCAUUUCUUGUACACCUUAUGUAUGUCUGUCUGAAAAUCUUCAUUCCAAAGCUGACAUGAAAGUGAGUUCACCUUCUCUGAAUAAGGCCUUGGUCUUCGAUGAAACUAAUCCACUGCCAUCAUCAUGCUGCUAGUACAAUUAAUCCAUGUUACACAGAUGAUCAACCUUUAUCUGCCAACAGGC